AUGUCACAACUUUAUUUGCUUGUGGAAUUCUCGUCGGAAGGAAAGAAGUCAUCACUAGAUGGCGUCCAUCAGUUGAGAACAACAAGAGAAAUUUCCUUUACCAAACUCUUCUCCAAAUUUUGCUCCAAAUUCGACGAGCAUUUGGCUGAGCUGUUAUCGGAAAAGAGAAACACAGUUAUUGGUAUGAUGAAAGAGAAGAAGUACAAUGAAGAAUUAUGUAACAAAAUUAUGGACUACCUUUCUGUAUUUUGUGGAUUGGCUUGGAAUUUGUCCAUUUCACCUCGAACAAGCAACUCCGAUUCACCAGUUGUUGUUGUUGCUCAUUCUUCCACGAACGAUCUUGCUAAUGAUCACAACUCAUCAGAAAUUCAACCAUACCAGGCGAGUGCAAGUGGAAACGGUGACUCUGCGGUUCUCAUUCGGGAAGAAAUUGCUGAAGAGGAUGACAUCAUGGAAGUGAAAACCUUAGAACAAAUUCAUACAUUAACUGAGUCAGAGCAAUACACUCACGCAUUGCCUACUCUCAGUCAUUUACAAUAUAUUGCAAUUUAUGAUUGGUGGAAUGAAUCAUUUGGAAAGGUUGAAACGAAUGAUGCUCUCUACGAAAUGCUCAUGAUGCUCUCUACAGCUGCUGUAUCUUUAACACAGGCAGCCACUGAGAAAUCAGAUUACAAGACAAGUCUCCAAUUGUUGAUGAAAGCAACUUCUAUUUGGAAAUUCUGUGAAUGUCAUGUAUCUCCUCAAUUUCACCACUCCAAUCCAACAAACAUGAAAUUUGUUCAAAGCAAUUCUGUGAAUAUGUGUAAACUUAUGAGUCUCUUGAGUAGAGCUCAAGCUCAGGAAGUAGCCAUUAAGAUUGCCACUGAGAAAGGUAUUACUCAAUUGGACUCGCUUGCAAAAUUAUGUCGAUUUGUGUUUGAAAAGUAUUCAAACGCUUUGAAAUUAAUUCCACAAAAUGAAUCAUGUGUGACCAAGUUGAAAAGUUAUUUACUUUUGAAAGUGAGAUUGUAUGAUAUCAUGUCUCACAUGUAUAGUGCAUUUCAUUACAACAAGAAUGAUGAAAAUGGAAAAGCUAUCAAAUUAAUAGAUGAAGCAAUGAAAAUGUUUGACAGCUUAUCAAAAUCGAUCAAAAAAGAAUACAUGAAAAUGUUAUUUGAUAACAAAGACAAAACCCAUCUUGAAAAUCAAUUCAAUUAUUUGGAAAGCGAGUUGAAUCGAUUUAAAGAGAAAUAUGCUCUCGAGAAUACAAUGGUUUAUCAUCAGACGAUACCUGAAACAGUUCCACAAGUACUCGAGUCAAAAGAAUUGGGACAUGUUGAAGAAUUUGAAUUUCCAGAGCCUCAUACUAUUUGGCAAAAUGCAUCAUUGGUUUAUGCUAAAUUUGAACUUGGAACUAUCACUCUUCAACACACUACAGAAAUGCAGCAGCAACAACAACCAUCAGUAGAGGCUCACAUUUCUUCUGAAAAUCAGAUAGAAGACGAAUUUAAUGAUUUCAUAGUAAUUGAUUCAUCUCAAAUUCCACCAGAAGCUUGUCAAAACAUUAUGAACAAGCCACAAAAACGAAAUCGACGAAAUCAAGACGAUACAUCAGAAGGUCCUAGUUUAUGUAUUAUUUUAUAG